ACCGACUUAACGUUGUGAGUCUUCUUCCUACACCAUUAUCUUCAGUUGACGAAUACAAAGCAUCUUUUGAGUUCCAUUAAACCGAAACGCUAGCGAUAUUCACAGACGCGUAUCGGGUACCAGAACGACACGUCGCUACCGAAAUGGCUGAAAUUAGAAUUGAGAGAGCCUCUGAUAAGCUGAAAGAGCACAAACCAAACCCCAACCGCCGAGAAAACAUUGGCGGGCUUCUGGGUCACAUCGCCAAAUUUGCUAUUGACUCCACCAUCAACUUCUCUCUCAAAGCCCUCCCUGGUAGGAAGCAGGUGUAUCAGAUUGUGCAGGAGGGAUUAAAGGAUCAACCCCCUUCAGUUUUGCCUAAUGACAACAAGAAACCAGAAGAUCUUAAGUUGGCAAUGGAGGACAUGCAUGCAAAAAUGGAGAAUAUGCAGGAAGACACGAACAUUGUAAAGCAACAACAUAACAUAUCAGCAGAACAUGUCAUGGGAUCAGCGGAUCCAAAGAAGAUGCCAGACGGAAGAGGCAUUCAGGGGUCGGAUCUUCUGCAGAACAAUAAGAAGAAGAUCUUCAUUCGAUCGCGUCUAUAAAUUAGAAAAUGAGGCUGGUGUAGAUGACCAUAACAGCAAGUCAAAAAAUAAACGACUGUAAUCCCAGUAAAAAGAAAAACCAAAUGUAAUGGCAUAUAGUAUUGGGGGUAUAAAUAAUGUGUAAUGUGUCAAAAUUUACUAUUUCAUAUAGAGUUGAUAUUUGAUAUGUAUUAUAU